AUGCCAACGGAGUGCUAUAUUGGCGCACCCUCAACAAUCUGGGCGUCGGUACAUUGGUUCAUACCGUUACCACCUAUCGAAUGGCCUAUUUCCGACAGGUUGGGGAGAGCACAAGAGCAGCCUCGUGAACCCAGGGCAGGACAUCGUUGGCACGACUCACAUCAAGAACGCUCGAUGCAUCGUUCGAGUCGUUCUGAGACUGCGAGGCAUGGAAGCCGGGCAAACAGUCGACAUCGUUCGCCUUUGGCUGAGCCUCCUUCCCGGCCUCAUCCUCAGAAACCUCCUUAUGACGCCAAACUAAACAGGUUCAGCGCUGAAGGUAACACUGGCCCACCGGCCAGUGUCCCAGUGCGACAGGAGCACCGUCAAGCACCAAUUUCCUUCUACCACAAACACAGGCCCUUCUACGAAUUUACGAACUUUUCACCACAUUCUGUAAAAUACGAUGGAAGGAUGUACCCUACAGGUGAACAUCUGUUUCAGUCUUUCAAAUUUCAGCGGGACCGCCCGCUUAUUGCCGAGCAUAUCAGGACAUGCUCAGAUCGCCCCAGUGUUGCUUUGUCAGAGGCUCGUCGGUUUCAGCAUGAGGUUCGCGCUGAUUGGUUUGAAGUAAAUGUAAAAAAAAUGGACGAAGUUCUAUAUCACAAAUUCACACAGCAUGAAGAGCUAAAGAAUUUAUUGCUCAGGACUGGGGAUGCUCCACUCGUGGAGGACUCAGACAAGGAUGCGUUUUGGGGCAUCGGCGCAGACAAGAGAGGUCGGAAUGAACUUGGGAAGGCACUAGAGAGGUUGCGUUCGCGACUUCGCGUUUAA